AUGGGCAGUGGGCCGGGAGUGCCGUCGUUCUCCGUCGAUUCUGCUGCCCGUGCCUAUGGCCAUUCUCGUUCGCUUUUGGCCAUCUGCCCGCACCCGCGCCACCCUUCCUCUUCCUCCUCUCCACCCCAGGCCCCGCUUCCCCCCCUCUCGCCCGCCGCUCCUUCUCCUGCUUCGACCGGUGUACACAUGAGCGUAUGCUCAAACACCGACCGCCGCCUACUUGACGCCUCCGGGCUCACCCUCUCGCCCGUCCUCUGCCCGCCUCCUACUCAGAUCCUCUAUGGCGAGGUUGGCGUUGAAUCCAACGCAGAGGCAGAGCUCAGGGUGGGGUGA